AUGAUUAAAGAUGAAGAAAAAGAAGACAGCAUGUUAGAACGAGAACCAGUUCAAAUUGAAGAGGUGUUAGAUGGCAAAGCCAAAAGUGUAAAAUUAGAGCCUGUUCAAGAAAAUGAUGACUAUUUGUACGCAAAUAUAAAACUUGAAAAGGAUUUACAAACAGAAUUAAUGAUUAAAGAUGAAGAAUUAGAAGAAAGUAUGUUAGAACCACAACCAGUUCAAAUUCAAGAAGUGUUAGGUGAAUCUGUUUUAGAAGAAAAACGAUUUUCUUGUGAUAUUUGUACUAAAAGAUUUACUACGAAAAGUUCUUUAGUUAAUCAUAAAAAAGUUCAUCGUGAAGAAAAACGAUUUUCUUGUGAUAUUUGUACUAAAAGAUUUACUACGAAAAGUUCUUUAGUUAAUCAUAAAAAAGUUCAUCGUGAAGAAAAACGAUUUUCUUGUGAUAUUUGUACUAAAAGAUUUACUACGAAAAGUUCUUUAGAUAAUCAUAAAAAAGUUCAUCGUGAAGAAAAACGAUUUUCUUGUGAUAUUUGUACUAAAAGAUUUACGAAAAGUUCUUUAGUUAAUCAUAAAAAAGUUCAUCGUGAAGAAAAACGAUUUUCUUGUGAUAUUUGUACUAAAAGAUUUACGAAAAGUUCUUUAGUUAAUCAUAAAAAAGUUCAUCGUGAAGAAAAACGAUUUUCUUGUGAUUUUUACAAUCUAGAAAUGAAAGAAGAUCAAAGCAGUGAUACAAUGCAAGAAAUAUUUGAAAACAUUGAAAGUGUUAAAGUUAUUGCCGGUGGAAUAAUUAAAAAUGAAAUAUUAGGUGACAGUAGUGAAAUGAUGAAAGAAAAACACAACAGUAGCGUUACUACGAAAUGUGAACAAAUUCAACGAAAAGAGGAACAUUUGUCUGUGAUUAAAAAUAUGAAACUUGAAAAAGAAUUACAUACAGAAUUAAUGAUUAAAGAUGAAGAAUUAGAAGAAAGUAUGUUAGAACCACAACCCGUUCAAAUUCAAGAGGAUCCGUUUUCAUGUGAUGUUACUGAUCAAAGCAAUUUAGUUCAACAUAAACUUCUUCAUGGUGGAGAAAAAUCAUUUUCAUGUGAUACUUGUAAUAAAUCAUUUAAUACCCAAAGUUAUUUGAUUAAGCAUAAACGGACUCAUACUGGAGAAAAACCAUUUUCAUGUGAUGUAUACUACACAACUGAUGUAUGGAAAAAUAACCAUAAUUAA